AUGUCCGUUCCUCUGACGUUCAUACAUUCCUUCCCCUCUCCAUCCGGAUCCUCCCUCGGAGACCAACUGGCCGAACUCGUCACGGAUGCCGGACGCGUCGAAACGCUUCUGGACUGUCUACCGUCUACGUCCCAGCCCGCGCUGUGGUAUCCCGAUAUCCAGCAAGCCCCGCUAACCCAUGCCGCCCUCCGCGACUUCGUCUCGCACUUCGCCCUCCCCACCUCGCAUCCUUCGAGGCGCUUGGGUCCCAAUGAUCGGGUGAUGAUUGCGCUGCCUACCGGGUGCGAGAACGCCGUCGCUCUGCUCGCCCUGGCCACAUACCACACAUGCGCUCCGGUCAACGCCAGCUGCACGGCUUCGGAGCUUCGAGAAGAUGCAGAACGGUUAGGGGCUCGUGCAGUCGUGGCUACUCGCGAUGCGGCAGAGCGUCUUGAGCUACGAGAACUACGCGACCAUCUCGGGUGCGAGGUUAUCUACGUCGAGCCCCGUGCCUCGGGGCCGCCGGGUCUGUUUGAUAUGUCCGUCAUGGAUGAGGCGAGCGGCUGGGUGGGCGUCCCGAGAUCACCAUCCAAGCCUCACGGCCUGUACGAUCAAUCACUGGUCCUCCAUACCUCCGGAACGAGCGGGAAGAAGAAGGUGGUCCCAUAUACGCUUCGGUCCAUCAUCAUCGGGACUUUGGCCGUCGUCAAGUCCUGGGACCUUCGGGAGUCUGAUGUCAACCUAAAUAUGAUGCCGCUCUUCCAUGUGGGCGGUAUCGUUCGGAAUCUUUUUGCGCCCAUUGUAUCCGGAGGCAGCGCGAUUAUCGCCACCGGGUUCGACGCCACGGAAUUCUGGGGCCUCGCAACGGGCCUCGGAGCAACAUGGUACUACGCGGCGCCCACUAUGCACCACGCUAUUCUGUCUGCGCAACCCCCGGAUAUCUUACCCUCUCGGGAUACGCGAAUCCGAAUGAUCUGCAACGCUGCGGGCGGUCUUCUUCCGGCCCUCGCUGUCCAGUUGAAGGAGACCUUCAGCGGCGCUGCUGUUCUCCCGUCAUAUGGGAUGACAGAAUGCAUGCCUAUAGCGUCUCCGCCUACUUCAUACCAACUCGACAGACCGGGAUGCUCGGGUAUCGCAUGCGGCCCUUAUAUGUCCAUCCGCGACCCCAACAACCUCGAGCGUGAAUUACCGCGAGGGGGUUAUGGAGCGGUGUGCGUCCGUGGCCUCCCUACCUUCGAGGGUUACGAGACCUCUCUGGGUGCUCCCCUGGAUACCUCGAUGUUCUCCAGCGAAGGAUGGUUCGACUCGGGCGAUAUGGGGUCCAUGGACGAGGACGGCUAUCUUUUCAUCUCGGGUCGUUCGAAGGAGAUCAUCAACAAGGGUGGCGAGGUCAUUUCUCCCUUCGAAAUCGAGGAAGCGGUUAUCACCGUCGCCAGGGAUCGCGUCAAGACCACGCUCGCAUUCUCUGUCGAGCACGACGUGCUCCAGGAGACCAUCGGUCUGGUCAUUGUGUCCGUUCCCGGUCAGCCUCGCAUCAGCCUCGCGGAGCUCCUCGACUUGCUCCGGGAUCACCUUCACCCGUCCAAGUGGCCCUUCGCCAUCGUAUACAUGGAAGACCUGCCGAAGAACAACGCUGGCAAGCCCUUGCGUAUAAAGCUCGCGCAACGCCUUGGUAUCGGGUGUCUGAACGACGGCGUUCCCGCCCUUCAUCGCCACUUCUCCGCGGCCGUCCCCGACAAGAACUCCGCUCUCAGCGAACCUAUUCCCUGCUCGAGGGUGGCUGUCGACAUCCAGGGUAUAGAACGAGCUGUCACCGGUGUCAUUGGCGUCAAUGACGUUGCCGUCCGUUUUAACGCCGACCAUUCGCUGGAAGCUUUUGUGUCCGUCCAGGCUGCUUCCGACCUGACAUCCAGCGGCAUCAAGACGGCUCUUCUCGCCGCUUUGCCUGGCUACUGCGUGCCCGAUCCUCUCUAUGUCCUUCACAAGCCACUCGCCAAGAUUGGCGCUACGGUCGACUUCCAUGCCAUGGAAGAAGAGAUCAAAUCGCAGAACGCAUCCGCCAUGUCCCCCAACGCACUCACCGUUCGUGACAUCGUCGCGAACUUGCUUGGUAAGGACGCAGCGACUAUCAUCGGCGAUUCCGACUUCUUCCUCCUUGGAGGCAAUUCCCUGCUGCUGGGCCGUUUGGCACACUUCAUCCGCAAGGAAACGGGUAAUAACCUGAAGGUGUCGGACCUCUUCACGCACAGCACGAUCAACGGCAUCGCAUCCUUGCUCGUAGUCGAUGAGUCGAACAGUACUCUCGCCGAGAAGGUGGAGAAGUACCCGGAGAGCAUAGUCAGCUACGACGCUCCGACUCUGGGAUACGGGUCGGAGUACGAGGACCGCCCACGGGGCCAGAAUCAUCCGCUCUCGCUUCUCAUCCAGAUCAUCCCCGUGUUGUUCUUUUACCCGCUGAAAGCCGCCUGGACGUGGACAAUGAUCCUCUUCUGCCUGUCUCUGGUCGUCAACGUGAUUUCCGACAGCUACUGGCAGAGGGUCGGCUCCUUACUCGCUGCCAUCGUCGCCGCACGCCUUUCUUCCCGCAUCGUCUCCCCUGUCGCCGCUAUCCUGUUCAAAUGGCUUGUCAUCGGCAGAUACAGACCCGGACGCUAUCGCAUGUGGAGCAUGUAUCACCUGCGGUGGUGGAUCGUGAACCAAUCUCUCAGGUCGGCAGGUCGUGGCGUCUUCGCAGUUCACCCGUCGUUGGAGCUGCUGUACUACCGCCUGCUCGGCGCUAAGAUCGGCAGGAACGUCAAGAUUGACAACGGCGCGAAACUCGGCGAAUUCGACUUGAUCCACAUAGGUGACGAUGCUCGCAUCGACCGCUCGCUCCUCCGCGGCUUCUGCGUCGAACGAGACGGCUACAUGCGUCUCGACUACGUCACCAUUGGGCGCCGGGCAGUCGUCAACACUUACACUCAGAUUUCCCCUGGCGCGGUCAUAGCGGACGAUGCCGUCUGUGGUCCUCAUUCUUCGUCUCACGAACCUUCGCUAUCCGGCUCCCAUUCGAACUCGAAUCGUAGCCUUCACCGCCAGCCCCACGUGCUUCUCCAGCUCUUCGUCGCAUGGCCGAUCAUCGUCCUUGUCACUCUUGUAUCAUAUGUCCCUUGGCUCGCGAUUCUGUUCCUCAUGUUUGUGAACACGGACCUUACCAUUCAGGGUCUCUGGCCUGUCGAGGCGGUGAUCGAAUGGUUCGCGACUCCCGAGCGAAUCAUGUGGCACGUACUCGCCCGGGUCAUCCGCGCAGUUUUCUCGCCUUUGAUCCAGGUCUUGCUCGGCAUCAUGAUAAAGCGAAUCAUGGGCCUCACGACCGAGCAUUCCGCCGCAGACGCAUCUCAGUGGUCUUUGCUGCGCAGGUACAUCAACGCCUCACUACUCUCCCAAUAUGCUCUCAAGCGCGCCUUCGAUGUUCUUGGGACUCACUACGAGGCGACCUCGAUGAUCUUCCGCGCAAUGGGCGCGAAGGUUGGAAAGCGGGUGUACUGGCCGGGGAGCGGUGUCUACUGUCCCGACCCGGAGCUGCUCGAGAUCGGAGACGAUGUCGUCUUUGGCUCACGCUCUGAGCUAUUCACGACGGACGCACUGGGUACUGGCAAGAUCACCGUCGGUUCAGGAGCCAUGAUCGCGGAUCGCGUGGUCUUGCUGCCGUCUACCUCGGUCGGUCGCAAGACCGUCAUGGGUUCGGGCAGUCUUGGAAAGCGCGGUGGCGUCUACCCUGACGGUUCGACAUGGAUGGGGAACGAGAAUGGCGAGGCCGUCUGCUUCAGCGGCGGGAAGAACGUGGAUCACGAAGAUACCACUACACCCUUCGGCCGAGCUUUCUAUGAACGCCAGGCCAAUUUCUUCGUCUUGCCAUACUUCGUUUUGGUCGUCAUUCACUUCCUCGUCACCGCUCUUUCUGCCGCUUUCUGGUCGUUACCAGCUGUUGCGGCGGCCCAAUUCCUUCGCCUCCUUCGCGUCCACGCCCCUGGGCUCCAUCUUUUCGCGCCUCACUGGUACCGCGUGGCCGUCCUUUUCGGCCUGAUCUCGGGCUUCUUCGUCGUCGUCUUGUUCGUCCAAGCCUUGAUUGCGAUGGCUUGGGUCAUCGGUACCAAGUGGCUCAUCAUUGGUCGCCGUCGCCCUGGGCCUUGCGAAUGGGACAAGAGCUCGUACUGUCAGCGUUGGCAACUUCACCUUACGCUCAGUCGUCCGCUGAGCCGUGGCUACGGGAACGGAGGCGUUCUGGCUCCCUUGGCCGGGUCCGCGUACAUCGUCUGGUACUACCGGGCACUCGGAGCUUCCAUCGGCAAGAACUGCGCGAUUUGGGCUGGUGGUAAGAUCGGUCUCAUGACGGAACCGGAUCUGGUGGAGUUGGGCGACGAUGUUGCUCUCGACGACUGCUCUGUCGUCGCGCACAUCAACUCGCGAGGCAAGUUCGCCCUGAAUGCACUGCGGAUUGGCGACGGAUGCUCCCUUCGCGCCGGUAGUCGGUUACUUUCUGGCGCCAGCAUGGGCGACUACUCCAUGCUUUUGGAGCAUAGUCUCCUCACUUCGGGCGAAAUCGCCGAAGAGGGUACUGUUUACGUCGGAUGGCCGGCGAGCCCGUUAGAAGACAAGACAUUCAUCGGCUCCCGCUUGCCCAAGGGCCUCGUCACAGGGCACUCCACUCCGAGAGUCGGUAGCAUGCGACUGGCGUGUCCCCUAUGUGCUCGCUUCCCCAAGCGGCCUGCGACGACCCGCUGCGGCCAUUGCUUCUGUGAACAAUGCAUCACGUCCGCGUUACGCCAGAGCCGACGGUGCCCAGUCUGCAUGACGUCGGCUAGUCCCUCUCAUCUCGUGAAGAUACACCCCUCGUUUAUACAUCCUCGUUCCACUGUAAUGAGUUCACGGACAGUAACCGCUGCCAACUCUCGCUCUCAGUCCCCGAAGCUCGUCCUCCCGAAGUCCGCUUGA